UUAAUUGCCUCGUAAAAAUAAAACCAAUCACAAUAAAAAUUUAUUGCAUAAAUAAAACCAAUUGCAAUGAAAAUAUCAAUGCAAAUCAGUAGUAGGUAUUGUGUGUAGUGCAGCAUGCGUUUCCUAGCUUUGAUUUUACCAAUGAUGGCAGUUUUGGCCCUAGAGUCGCCUGAUGACAUAAACGAACAAGACAAAUUCCUGAUAACUUGCAACAAUCUCAGUAAUGACUAUGAGAGCGUUGGCCCUGGCCCUGCCAUGCAGUGUGCCUCCGAUUUUCUGGAUAAGUACCCGGUACUGGACCCCUUGACGAAUGCCUUGGACCUCGAAAAGGCAUCCAAAUAUUUUAUGGAAAACGCCAGUAAGCCAGAUCGGUUUGACCUUUUCUACGAGUGCAUUAAAGGAUUUCUAAACAAAAACAAAAACAGCAAAAAGGACGAAGGAGGACCUCUACAAGCUCAGAACAGUUUUUUUCAAAUAAGCUUCUGCUCAAUAUUCACACAAGGACAAGAAAUCUAUACCACUCCAUUUGAUUAGGAAAUCUUUUGUGGCGCGAUUAAGAAUAAUAUAUUAUUGAAUAGUGGGAAUACGGCCAAUUUUUUUUUUUUUUUCUCAAGAAAAACUAUUUUUUCUGUAAAAGCUUUCGCGAUUGUUUAAUCACUUCUUCAGUUACAACUAAAAUAUAAAUAUACAGGGUGUCCACUGUUAUGUAUUUACUUUCUGAGAUAUCGAGGAGUGCCAAUAAAACAACUUA